UCAAGCUUGAUUGUCUUCCAGCUUUAGACAGAAACAUGGUACGGCUCACGGAGGGUGCUGCGCGUGGAAGGAAAACGUUGCUAAUCGACUCUCAGCUGGACUUCUAACUCAUCAUGCCGCGUUACACCAGGGUCCUGCUUCUAGUUUUGUGUGUGAGUCUGAUCGGGGAAUGCCGGAAACACAGAAGUAGGAAAAAACGGUGGUCGGCACCGGCCGGGACUCAUAAGCCAGCAAAGGAACUAACACCUGACACUGUUGUUAUUGUAAGGCCAGGCUCCGAGACCAGGAUGGAGGACAGUCCUCUAUCAAAGAAAGUUGUGGAUGGAACUAAAAACCGGAAGGUAAAGACCAGCCACCUCCUGCGCAUUGAUGAACACGAUUUCACCAUGAGGCCCGCAUUUGCAGGUCCAGCUGUCCCUGUUGGGGUGGACGUUCAGGUGGAGAGUUUGGACAGCAUAUCAGAGGUAGACAUGGACUUCACCAUGACUCUGUACCUGAGGCACUACUGGAAAGAUGAAAGGCUGGCAUUCCCAAGCGCUACAAACAAAAGCAUGACCUUUGACGGUCGCCUGGUGAAGAAAAUAUGGGUACCUGAUGUGUUCUUUGUCCAUUCCAAGAGGUCCUUCAUCCAUGACACCACUACUGACAACAUCAUGUUAAGGGUCUUCCCAGAUGGUCAUGUUCUGUACAGUCUGAGAGUAACAGUUACUGCAGCUUGCAACAUGGAUUUUAGUCGUUUCCCUCUGGACUCACAGACAUGUACACUGGAGCUGGAGAGUUAUGCUUACACAGAUGAGGACCUGAUGCUUUAUUGGAAAAGUGGCGAUGAGUCCCUGAGCACAGAUGACAGGAUUUCUCUGUCUCAGUUCCUGAUUCAGAAGUUUCACACUACCUCCAGGCUGGCUUUCUACAGCAGCACAGGUUGGUACAACCGUCUGUACAUCAACUUCACGCUGCGGCGUCACAUCUUCUUUUUUCUACUGCAGACCUACUUCCCUGCUACUCUAAUGGUGAUGCUGUCCUGGGUGUCCUUCUGGAUUGACCGCAGGGCUGUCCCUGCCAGAGUCUCAUUAGGUAUAACUACGGUGCUCACCAUGUCCACCAUCAUUACUGGAGUAAAUGCUUCCAUGCCCAGGGUAUCCUACAUCAAAGCUGUGGACAUUUACCUCUGGGUCAGUUUUGUCUUCGUCUUCCUGUCUGUGCUAGAAUACGCUGCCGUAAACUACCUGACAACUUUGAGGGAUGGGAAAGACCGCAAACUCAGAGAAAAAGUUAAGGAACAGUCCCAGACACUCCCUUGCACAUGUGGCAUGCCCCAUACCAAGACCAUGAUGCUAGAUGGGACAUACAGUGAGGAAGACGCCAACAGUCUGGCGGGAUACACAAGAGCCUCAAUGGUUGCCGAGGACAUAUCAGAUAAACAGGAACAGAUGGUAGUGCAUCUGUCUUUGGACAACGAGUCCACUGGCACCAAGAAGAAGGGCAUCCGUGGCUUCCGGAUCAUUCAGAACACCCAUGCCAUUGACACAUACUCUCGUAUGAUUUUCCCAGGCUCAUAUAUCCUCUUCAACCUGAUCUACUGGUGUGUGUACUGUUGA